AUGAAAAUUUCAUCUAGACACAUUUUGCGUUCUUUUGAACACCAGGAUUUGAUUGUGGGAAGCAGAAGUUUAUCGAGCACAGUAAAUUCCACAUUCCGUGCUCACAGUUGCCUUGCUCAAUUUGGACACCAAUAUAUUCUACAGCCUUCUCGACAGAAACCUUUUUCAAUUUUAAAAUCUUACUUUUCCUUGUCUUCCGUAUCCAGAGGGUAUAUUCCCGAGCUGAUGGAGUUCCCCCACCUUUAUCUUCCUAAAAUCACAAAUACCUUCAGGAACGGGUUACUGAGCAGAACUCUGAUAAGACCAUACUUCGACAAGGAUUUCUCAGUUAAGGAGUUCGUUAAAGGUGCCAAGUUUGCUGCCGUUCAUGUCUCCCAUUGCCUGAGUUCAGGAGAUCUGAGUUCUCUAGACCAGGCCUGUACGCCGGAGUGUAUUAACAUAGUCAAGAAAAAUCUUAGUUUAUUCUCAAUAUCUGAGAGAUCGGAGUUAAAUCUAACGGAGGAUGAUAUUUAUUACAGUUUUCUUUACCAGAUUGGGAUAAUGAUGGACGAUGACCCGGACGAGAAUGGGGCGUAUGGCCGGUCAGUUGAAUGUUCCUGGGUCGGUCAUGCCUUUAAGAACUAUCUUCAAAUAGUUGAUGAAGAACGGACUCCUACUCAAAUCAAAGAAAUUUUAGACAAGGAGAGAGGUCCAACCAUUCUUAACUUUAGAUUUGUGCGUAACUACAGUAAAGGAGUGGAGGAUUCGUGGACAGUAAACGCGCUUAACUACUACAAGCUUAAAGAUCUUUAACUGUACAGUGUACACAUUCGGCGUAUUUGGCGCAUUUAUGACCAGAGGAAAAUGCAACAUUAAAGGGACUGUAAACGUAAUUUCAAGUGACCCCACCUGCAAUGAUUGGAAUGGUCCAUUCACAACGCGUACGGUACCCUUUAAAUCCUUAUCUGAUUAAAAAUGUGGAAGAUACUUUUGUUCUACCAGGAUUAAAGUUAGACAAUUCCUUCAAGUUUUCCUGCGGUAGAAAUGCGCAAGUCACUUUCGUAAAUAAAUCACAAUUAGAAAUAAUUAGUUUUCAAAUUAUUAACAUUAAUACCU